UGGCGGCGGCCGCGGCCGACGAGAAGAGCGCCUCGGCGCCGCAGCUGCUGCAGGCCGGCGACGUGCCGCCCCGGACACAGCUCAACCCGGCCACAGCAGACGUUACGGCCGAGAGCUCGCAGCCGACCAGCGAGGGCGAGGCGGCGUCAGCUGCCGCCGAAAAGCGAGAGAAGCGCAAACCGUCGCGGCGGCGCAAAACGGGCGAGCGGCUGCCCCGCCUCACGGUGCUCGAGGUGAAGAGCAGCGACAACGGUCCGGUAGUCUCCUGUCUGCUGGAGACCAACCAGUCGCAGGCCAUCACGUUCAAGUUCGACCUGCGCGAGGCAGACGUCUCGGCCAUCUCUUACAAAAUGACGGAGGCACAUCUGCUGCCCAGGGACGACGCCCAGUACUUCGGCGAGCAGCUGCGCGCCAUCAUCCGCCAGCACCUGCUGCUCGAGUCGACGGGCAGUCUGGGCGCGCCAGCCGCCGCCGGCUCCCUGCACCGGCGCCAGCCCUCCUUCGACGACGAGCAGGCGCCCAAGAGGCUGUCCCGGUUCGUGGUCAGCUCGGUAGCGCUGACGGCGGCGCCUACCAGCCCCGUGUCCACGCCGCACUCGCCCAGCGCCGAGACUCAGCCGUCUGCGUCUGCGGUGUUCACGGCGGCCGGCCUGUCGGAGGCUGCCGUCAGCGCCGCGCCGCCCGCCGGGCCGGCGCCCGUGGUGGCCGGCCGGUUCUCCAUCACAGUGGCGUCGUCGGGCGCGCCGGCCGCGGCCGUCACACAGACGGUGGGCGUGACGCGGGCGCCCAUCAGCCACCCGGCGCCGGCGGCCGAGGCGCAGACCGUCCCCGCGGCCGCGCCGGUCCCGACGGCAGCGGCCGGGGCGCAGACCGUCCCCGCGGCUGCCGCGGUCCCGACGGCAGCGGCCGCGGCGCCCACCCUCAGCGCCGCGCUCGACGAGCUGACGGUGGCCGGCGCGUCCCCGGAGCUGUCCUUCUCGCCGCAGAACACUGAGCAUAGUGGUGUCGGGAACCUGGAGGAGCUCCGGAAGCAGCUGGUGCGCCUGACGGCCGCCUCGGAGGGCUCGUUCGAGGCCGCCUCGCAGCCGUCGACGCCCGUGUUCUCUGCCGUGCCGGCGGCCGAUGUGGCUGCCGAGGUGAACCGCCGGCUGGCCAGCAUCACGGCCGCGCAGACGGCGGGGUCUGCAGCGAGAGCCGGCGACCCGGACCCGGCGGCCGCCAGGCCCGCCCCGGAGAGCUCCGGCGCCCAGCAGCUCAUCUCCGUACAGCCGUCGUCCGUGCUGGACGUGCCUCGCUCGCCUAGCGUGCUUGUGACGCCGCCCACUCCGCGGCGCGUGGUCGUCCAGAGCACCUCGGACGUCUCGCGCUCGGCGAGCAGCUCCGAGACCACGGAGCGGGGCAGGAAGGCCACGCCGCUGCUGCUGGCAGACCUGGACAAGGAGCUGCAGAAGCUGCACAGCGGCAAAAACCAGCUGCACCACGUGGCGUCGACGCCGAUGCUGUCGACGCACGACGAGGCGACGCAGUCGGAGAACGGCGUCAUCUCGCAGUGGGAGACGGUGGGCCCGAUCGACACGACGCACACGCAGCCCAUCCAGAGCGUCUGCUUCCACACCGGCAGCGGCGCCAGCACACCGUCCACGGACCCGGGCACGCCGGUGCGGAAGGGCCGGUUCGCCAUCACCGUCAGCCGCCAGGCGGCGCCGUCGCCCCCGCCGCCGGCCGCGGCCGCCGCCGCGCCUCCCUCGCCAGCCGCCGAGCCGCUCGACGUCGAGACGUCGGCCGUCUUCAUCGAGCUGCUGGCCAAGCAGCGGCUGGACAUGGAGGAGCUGCAGCGGCAGCAGGUGGCCGAGCGCGAGCGGCUGCGGCACGAGCUGCUGGAGCGGCUGCGGCACGAGCAGGCGGCCGCCGCGCACCAGCCGCCGCCGCCCGACGGCUGAGUCGCCGCCGGACGCGCACUGCACACUAGUUCUGUUUGUUUUCUAUCUCAGGGUAUUGUGGAACUUGUUAGUGUGGGCUGCGCCGGGCUCGGCCGUCGUCCGCCGCGCCUUGUUACAGGUAGAUAGUUUCCAACCACUUAACUAUCGUGCUUUCAUUGUUUUCGCGCUCGGCCUGGUCGGGCGCCGGGACGGCUCGCUCUCGACUCGCUGGCGGGCCCAUUUUACCGGGGAGACGCGCGGCGGCUCGGCGCACGCACGCGCAGUAUAUCAUUGUUGGCUGGGCGGCCCGAGGCUGAGCGGCUGGCUGAGGACGUUUUAUACACACACACACGCACCCGCCCGCCCGCGGUGGGAGGGUGGCCGGCUGCGGGCCGAUUUGUACGGCGGGCUGGCGCCGCUGUGAUGACCGGCCGGCGGAGGCAAUUUCAGACCAGCCGCCGCCGGCCCGACCGCGGCACUUGGUGCGACUUGUGCGUGUGUGAGAGAGAGAGAGAGAGAGAUCAACUAAUUGCGUAUAUGAUUUCUUCGAGCUGUGUAUCCAAUUGCCAUAUAUGGAGACGAUAUGAACGAAUACAAUAUCCUAGGUAUGGA